AUGCUGAGAACGAUAGAAAUGAUACUUUUCCUUUGGAUAUUGGUUUUAUCUCAGUUAGUGUGGGGUGCAAUGGUUCGGGUGGCUGUUGACGAGGUUGAAGAGACUUCACCAACGAUAAACAACACUGCCAUAAACUCACCUGUACCCGUUACUGGUUCUAUUUCUCUUGUGACAACUUCUGCUAUCGGAACCGCCCAAGGCCCAAGCAGUGAUAUAAGUACGGGUAGCCUUAAUUCAGAUAACUUCCAACUGGCAUCCAUCAUUGGCGAAUCAGUUGGAGGCGCGGUGGCUCUGGGAGGAUUCAUUGUCAUUACAUUGAUACUCAGGAGAACUGCUCGCCAACUGGGGUGGCCAGGAAACUCUCCUCGGCAUGACUUGGAGAGGGGUCAUGGUGGUUACGGAACUGGGGACCCCGGACGUAAGAAGCCUUCGCCCCUGAGCUUGGGCAAACAGAGAGCUACAGAUCCAGGAGGCGGCGACCAGGAGUUUAUGCUGCAGACCCUGGAUUAUGGAUUCGAUGACAGCCGCGGAAGCAGGAACCAGUAUACCUCUAAUCCAGAUACGCCUUUUGAAGUGGGCUUGUCAAGUCGGGCUAGAACGGGUCCUCGACCUAAUCCUCGUUUACUGUAUCCGUCGAAUCUUUCAGGAAGAGAAUCUGAACGGUCGUCGAAUAUCGACAUCAAUGCACUUGCAAAGGAGGUUGCAAAGAUUCUCAUGCAGCCACCCGCGGCCCCUUCAUCGAUAGCGGGAGACACGAUCCAAGUAGAUGACUGGAGUGAGCAACAAAUGUUGAAAGGAGACAGAGGGCGCCAAGACGGUACUUGUUCUGGCGUCAUUGACGACAUGAGUCGGGACACACACUCGCCCGCGCCGCCCUUGUAUCAAAGUUGCCAAUCCAUUCACAACAUGAAAUUUCGAUCUAUGCUCUAG